UUUUUUUAUGUCAAAAAUCAAAAAUGUCACAUGUCAACAUGUCUAAUUUUCUGGUUUACUUUUCGGGUCCAAUCAAAUGUAUUAUUUUAAAAAUAUGUGAUACGUGCAAAUUUGAUAAAUGUGUUUAAUUAUAUUUAUUUCUUAAAUUUUAAUAAUAUACUCGUAUAUGUAUUAAUGGUAAUAAUCAACAAGUGCCCUUUAAAAUGAUUGAAGUCACUGCAAAACUUCCACAUGGGCAUGUUUUUCUCUCUGGAGAAAUUGUGGAAUGCAGCAUCACAUUUGCGCAUCCCCCUUCACCUACUCAUAAAGUUUCUCAAAGCCACACUGAUGUAUUUGAAAGCCUAGCAUGGGCUUCUGCUCAAAUCCAUUGCCAAUGUUUUACAGACUCGAGGAUAUCUAAAGAAAAUGAACGAGUAAAUCAACUCACUUUUCCACAUACUGCUUUGGGAGCCUCUACACCAGACAGUGGAAAAAUUGAAAUAGCUACAAAACCAAAAAUACUAUUUUGUGAUCUAAGGCUUUCACCUGGGCAAACUAAAACUUAUAUUUAUCGUGAGAAAAUACCUAAUGACUCCCCUCCGUCAUAUAGAGGUCAGUUAGUAAAAUACUCUUAUAAAAUUACGAUUGGUACUCAAAGAGUAAACAGUCCGGUAAAAUUAUUAAGGGUACCAAUAAGAGUUUUACCGCUUUGUGAAGCAUUUUUGAAUGAAGCAGUUGCUUUGUGCAAUGAAACAACUGAAGAGUUGACACCUGCUAAUCCAUUUUUAGAGAUAAGACAAAAAGAAAAACCUCUCGAUUUGGCUCUUCAGACCUUGCAGAAUAUAACUGCCCGACGAAAUCCAAACUUCUAUAUGAUAACAAACCUAUGGGGAAAAGUUGCAAGAUUUUGUUUAUUUAAACCAGCAUACAAAUUAGGGGAAGACAUUAUAGGAACAUUUGAUUUUACUGUUGCAACAGUGAACUGUAUGCAAGUAUCGGUUUCCCUACAAUGUGAAGAAGAAACUACCAUCGAUUUCAACAAUGAGAAUGCCAAGCAAGUUAGAAUAAUCACAUUUAGUAAGCACCACGAGGUGUGUUUGGGUUAUAAAUAUACUCAGCUUAUUUUGCCAAUACCAUUGCAUGUUACUCCGGCUUUUAAUACAAAAUUGGUGAGCUUAAAGUGGCGUCUGCAUUUUGAAUUUGUGACAAGUACUCAUAAAGGUUUAGCAACGCCAAGCAUAACAGACUCUGAUUGGCAGGCUCCUUCGGAAGUUCCCAUUGAAACGAUGGUGUGGAGUUUGCCAAUACGACUAUACUCCACUACUCCAAUUCAUGUGGCACAAGGAAUACAAACUAACACUGUUCAUAGAUUAUCUAUUCGUUGAUUAUUUAUUGUUAAUUUUACCUAUUUAUGUUUUUUAUAUUGGUAUUAUAAAUAUUUAAUGACUAAUAUAUAUAUAAGCAUAAACACUGUACAGCAGUUUUAAUAAGAAUAGUACUUGAGUUAGAAUAAAAUAUAUUUAAAAAAUUUUAAGUUAGCAAUUCAGCAGUGAUGGUUUGAAUUAACUUACACGGUAAGUGUUUAUUUGCUUUUGAUAAUUUUAUGCAUGUAUUUUAAAGUGUUACAGUCACUUCGCGACAUUUACUUACAUUAUUAUUAUUGUUGUUAUUAAAGGCCCCUUAUAAUAUUGUAAUUUGGGGUAGAAGCACUAUGAUAGACAGAGUUUUUAUUCUUCAAAAAUGAUUAAUUAGGCUAAUUUUUGGUAUAUCUCCGUGUAGCACUUGUAAGCAAUGUUUCACUACUAAUAAU